UGGCACUCUGAUUGGUGCAUUCGACUAGAGAGCCUGGGUUCAAAUUUUCAACGGUACUGAAUGAGUCCUGCAGCGGGUGUUCCGGGCGCUAGGUUGUCAGACCGAGAAGGUGAUCUGUUGAGGAGAGUGAAAACCUGCUCUUCUGUGCUACGGCAGGGGACAAUGUCACAAGUUAAAACUUCUUAUUCCUAUGAUGCUCCCACGGACUUCAUCAAUUUUACCUCUUUGGAUGAUGAGGAAGAUACCCAAAACAUCGAUUCUUGGUUUGAAGAGAAGGCCAAUUUGGAGAAUAAGUUUCCUGGGAAGAAUGGCAUAGGAGGGCUUUUUCAGGGCAAAACCCCUCUGACGAAGCCUAGUCUUCAGCAAGCUAUCGUCACACCUUUGAGAUCGGUUGACAACACUUACUACAAAGAGGCAGAAAAAGAAAAUUUGGUGGAACAGUCCAUUCCAUCAAAUGCUUAUUCUUCCUUAGAAGUCAAAGGAAACACGUCAAAAAAUACUCCAGUGCAGCCACAGAGAAGAUCUACUAGACUCUCUGCUCAAAAGGAUUUGGAACAGAAAGAAAAACAUCAUGUAAAAAUGAAAGCUAAGAGAUGUGCUACUCCUCUAAUCAUCAAUGAAAUUCCACCCUCCAAAAAAAUGAAAGUUUCUAACCAAAAAAAGAAGCCAGAGGAAGAGGAAGAAAGCAGUGCCCAUCAAGAUAGUUCUGAAAAACAUGAGUCUUCCCCAGAGAAAGCCAAAGGCAGACAUACUUGGUCUUGUAUACCACCUGCGAGGCAGAAGAUUCUAAAAAGUACUGAGGAGCAAGAGUUGGAGAAGAGAAUGAAAAUGCAACAAGAGGUGGUGGAAAUGCGGAAAAAGAAUGAAGAAUUCAAGAAACUUGCUCUUGCAGGAAUAGGGCAACCUGUGAAGAAAUCAGUGAGCCAGGUAACCAAAUCAGUUGACUUCCACUUCCGCACAGACGAGCGAAUCAAGCAGCAUCCUAAGAACCAAGAGGAAUAUAAGGAAGUAAAUUUUACAUCUGAACUGCGAAAGCAUCCUCCAUCUCCUGCUCGAGUGAGUAAGGGGUGCACCAUUAUUAAGCCGUUCAACCUGUCCCAAGGGAAGAAAAGAACAUUUGAUGAAACAACUUCUACGUACGUGCCCCUUGCACAGCAGGUUGAAGCCUUUCAUAAACGAACCCCUAACAGAUAUCACUUGAGGAGCAAGAAGGAUGAUACUCUGUUACCCUCCAAGUCUGCCGUGGUCAAGAUAUCCAGAGACCCGCAGACUCCUGUGCUGCAAACCAAACAGCGCACAAGGCCGGUGACCUGCAAAAGCACAGCGGAUCAGGAGGCUGAGGAGCUUGAGAGACUGCAACAAUACAAAUUCAAAGCACGGGAACUUGAUCCCAGAAUUCUCGAAGGUGGGCCCAUCUUGCCCAAGAAACCACCUGUGAAGCCCCCCACUCAGCCUAUUGGCUUUGAUUUGGAAAUUGAGAAAAGAAUCCAGGAGCGGGAGUCAAAGAAGAAAUCAGAGGAUGAACACUUUGAAUUUCAUUCCAGACCUUGCCCCACUAAAAUCUUGGAAGAUGUUGUGGGUGUUCCUGAAAAGAAAGUGCUUCCGAUCACUGUCCCCAAGUCACCAGCCUUUGCAUUGAAGAACAGGAUCCGAAUGCCCACCAAAGAAGAUGAGGAAGAGGAGGAGCCGGUCGUGAUAAGGGCUCAACCUGUGCCACAUUAUGGGGUGCCUUUUAAGCCCCAAAUCCCAGAAGCAAGAACUGUGGAAAUAUGCCCUUUCUCUUUUGAUUCUCGAGACAAAGAACGUCAGUUACAGAAGGAGAAGAAAAUAAAAGAACUGCAGAAAGGGGAGGUGCCCAAGUUCAAGGCACUUCCUUUGCCUCAUUUUGACACUGUUAACCUGCCAGAGAAGAAGGUGAAGAACACAACUCAGAUUGAGCCUUUUUGCUUGGAGACCGACAGAAGAGGUGCUCUGAAGGCCCAGACUUGGAAGCACCAGCUGGAGGAAGAACUGAAACAGCAGAGAGAAGCAGCAUGCUUCAAGGCUCGUCCAAACACCGUCAUCUCCCAGGAGCCCUUUGUCCCCAAGAAAGAGAAGAAAUCCCUUGCUGAGGGCCUUUCUGGUUCUCUAGUUCAGGAACCGUUUCAGCUGGCCACCGAGAAGAGAGCCAAGGAGCGGCAGGAGCUGGAGAGGAGGAUGGCUGAGGUGGAAGCUCAGAAGGUGCAGCAGUUGGAGGAGGCCAGGCACCAGGAGGAAGAGCAGCAGAGGGAGGAGCUGGCCAGGCUGCGGAAAGAACUGGUGCACAAGGCAAAUCCAAUACGCAAGUACCAGGGUGUGGAAGUAAAGUCAAGUGACCAGCCUCUGACUGUGCCCGUUUCUCCCAAGUUCUCCACCCGCUUCCACUGCUAGCCUCAGCUGUGGGCUGCAGUGUUACGGAGCCCGUCACCACGAGGGUAGAAGCCUCGUUCACACAACCGCAGAGAAGACGGCGCGGACUGACGGGGAGCCUCGCAGCAGCCCGCGGCGCGCUUUGGGACGGAGCUGCUGCCGCGGCGCGUCCUGCCCUCGCCAGUGCCGGUAGUAACAGGGAAUGCCGUGCAGUGCACGUUUGAGGUCCUCCAAUAAACUGGAGUAGAAUAAAUAUGUUUGUCUUCCCCUCCCUGAUUUUGUUACUUGACGUUUUUAAUUCUGUCAAGCCCCUUUGGAGGUCGCACCUUAUUGGGGAAAUGGGUACUUUGAGAGGAAGAGGGUCCAGGAACUUUGGAACUUUUAAAAGCACAGGCUCUGUUCUUCUAGGAAAAUGCUUUGGAACUUUUUUCUGUCCUUCUAUACUUUGUUAACUCCCUCCCAGGAACCACUGCGGAAGGCACUCCUGUGUGUUAUGCCUUCAGACGGUCCUGUGCCUUCUUCCCUAAAUGUGCCUUUUCUCAUCUGGUAAACUUCCUGAUAAGACUCAAGUAAAAUCCUCAUAAAUCCUUCCCUGGCCACCUGAUCUCCUCAGGUAAGGAUGGUCACUUCCUUCUCUGUGCCUCCCAAAUGCUUCUUGGAUGUAUCUCUAGUAGAACACUUAGACUGCCGAGUUUCUUGUUCUUGUUCACAAACUAGUAGAGACCCAGAUACCUAAAAUUUUCUUAGUCAUCUCUAUUUUUUGUAGCUGGCACAGAGUUCGCUAGGUCCAUGUUAGGUAGUGUAUUUUCUUUUAGACUUGACGAUAUUUAUGAACUCUACUCCCUACUAGUUAUCUACUCUUGUGCUAAGGACUAUAAAAGCAUGCAUAUUCUGCCCCAGGCCAGUCCUAGGCACCAUAAAGACAGUGAACCUAUCUUAUAUUCCUUUUGUUUAUUCAUUCAGUGAGCGUUAUGAACAGGCCAUUGUGGAGUCGGUUAUGGAUGAAUGAUGACAAAGCCAAGACAUGACUUGCAGAUCCCUAAGCCUCCUGAAGGUCCACAGACUGAUGGAAAAUACAGUUUCUUCUGUUCAUUUCCUGGAAGUCUAGUAUUCAGGUCUAUAACAACUUAUGUAAUUCAUUUAAUAAAUAUUUAUUUGGUGCUAACUGUA